AUGAAAAGAGGAAUGAAAAUUCGUCUCUGUGCACUCGCUACCCAUGGUCCCGUCCCAUCUUGCUCCCUCGAAACGUCUUCCACUAUUCUCCCCUCGCGGCCAUCGAACAACCUCACAAAAUCCAACAACCCAUCUCCAGCUGCAACAUUCUCGUGGUCUACCCCUCCAGUUUCACCGCCACCAGCGACGAAUCUCUCAGCUCCCAAACCACAGGGGCGUUCCGUCACACCCGACGCCACACUCAGCUCACUCAACUCAUCCUUCCCAGCUCUGAGUGCAGCCAACCCAGGCAUCGGCAGCUCAUCUUAUAACCCGCCCCAACAGCAAUCAAGACCAGCCAUGAGCAUGGGUAGUACGAUGACCCCCAGUACCACUACCAUCACACCGCAGAGUUCGGGCAUCGACUGGAGUAAAGCAGCCAACUCUUCCUCAAACGCCUGGGCCAGCACCUCAUCUACCCCAUCCACAAACACAUCCUCACUAUCCAGCUUCCCCUCGAUGACGCCUGCACUCGCACAACCUUCAGCCCACGGUAACCCAUACUCUUCGUUCAGCAUUGCACCCCCGCCUAUAAAGCCAGCAAACACGGGCACGUUCAGUAUACCGCCUCCACCCAGUAUGGGCAGUAGGACUACGAGUGCGACAAGUGGCAUGGGCAUGGGCAUGAAUAAUAGCAUGGCGAGUUUGAGGGCGCAGACACAGACUCAGAAUCAGCAUCCACCGCCAAAACAACAGCAGCAGCAACAGAUGAACUGGGGCAGCGGUGGUGAUAGUCUGAUUUGA